ACAACUCCCUUAUUUCUGCGUUCUCGAGAAAAACCCAAACCCACUCCCUCUUCUCCUUCUUCCCCGUGUUUCGGACAAGUACAAAAACUCCCCUUCUUAAUCCUAUGUGUUUUCUCCACUUACCUAAUUUGGCCUUUUCUGCCCCUCAAUUUACGUUACAAAAACUCUUCUUUGUUUGGAUUCACUAAAUCCACUCGGCCAUAAUCUUUUUUUUGCUACCCAUUUUUUUGCUUAAAUCACACAAAACCCCCUGGUGUUUCUCCUUAUAUAUAAUGCUUGUUGAUGUCUUUGAGCAAAAGAUUCAGUCUCAAAAAUUUUACUCUCAAAAAUUUUACUUGCAUUUGUACUUAUGGAUAAAUUUUUUUACAUCGAUCUUAACGAAACGCCUCCACUUUCUUCAUCACCAAGAGAACAACAACAACAGGAUGAAUCGUUAAACUCCUUGGUAGCUUUGAGUCAUCAUCAGAAAAAUGUUCGGGUUUGUUCUUCGUGUGAGUUUGUUUCGAGAAAGGAGGAGGUGGAGGAGAAUCAGCAUCAGCAGCAGAAAGAGGAGUGGAAAUGCUUCAGGUGUGUACUCGGUUGCCCCAGCCGCCCGCGUGGGCGGGAUGACGGGGGGAGCAGCAGCAGCAAAGGCGGAAGCGGAGGUGGUGGUGGUGAUGUGGAGAUGUUAGACAUGAAUGUGGUGCCGCCACUAGAUAUGAAUGUAUCUCCGCCACGGGAAGGGGAAGGAGAAGGCUUGUUUCACUUUGUGGAUUUGAACAAAGAUUUGCCAGUUGUGGAGGAAAAUCAUAAGGCCAAGGACAAAAGAAAGAUUCUUGCUGUUUCUUCAAUAAUUUCUGAUCUCUACCGGAGCAAUUCACUGAAGGCAGAACGCAGUCCCAAGAAGAGAAGCUCAAAAUGCUUUAUGGUCAAGGCAGGAAUGUAUUUUCUUUUGUACUUUAGUGAAGGCGAUGUUGGUAGUUCUGCUCAUGGAUAUGUCCCAUUCUUGUUGUUGCUUCGAGAAAGAGUUCAAGCUAUGAGAAGUUCCUCUUCUACUGGCCAUACCUUCCAUGCCCCAACAAGCCCUUCUUUGGUACAUAGGGAGAAUGGAUUUAAACUUCAGAAGGCUUCCUCACUUAUGGGGAAUAUUCAUAAGUCACAAUUGGAGGACACGGUACUCCAUAGACCUCAUUCUGACCAGAUGAACCGAAGCAUAACUGAUCGAGUAUUGAUGUAUGAUUCAAGGAAUCGUGUAUGUCAUUUUACUGCAAAGAAGUAUAUUCCGCAAAGUACGAUUGAAGCUUAUCUUCAAGGCCUUAGAGAAUAUAUUGCUGGGAUGAAAGGUUCUUUGUCCUAUGGGUGGCAUGUGGAUUUUGAGUAUUGUGACAAACGAUGCAAGACUUAUGCAGUAUAUGUUGGACCAGAUGGAACUCGCUUUGAGUCGCUUGAUGCUGUUGCUCGACAUAUGGGGUUGCACCACUCCGUGGAGGUUGAGAGUGGAGGUAGUGGCUUUACUUCAUUUCACGAGGGAUUGCCAAAUAUCCGAAGAAGUAAAGAAGCAUCAGGUUCUGCUAAAGUCCGCAAGAGCGGACAGAGUCGGAGUUCUCCUGGCAGUAGCAGCUUAUUCUGUAAUGAUGGCUCGAUCUUCAAUUGUACAUAUCCAAAUGAUGGCUUUCCAGUUCAGUUUCAAGACUUCUUUCUUAUUUCAGCUGGAAAUAUUGACCCUCGACCAUUAUAUCACAGCACUAGUGAGAUAUGGCCUGUGGGUUACAUGUCUAGCUGGCAUGAUAGAAUUACAGGAUCUUUUUUUGCUUGUGAGGUUGCAGAUGGAGGUGAUCCUGGCCCAGUUUUCAAGGUGAUGUUGGAAGAGUGCAGCCCACCAGUUCUGAAUAGUGACGCUCAUACUGAUGAAAAUAUGAAUUCAUUAACUGGAAUUUUCAGAAAUAUCUGUCCUGGUGUUAUUGGGCAAGGGGAUAAUAUAGGGGAGUUCUUUGUGGAAGGGAGAUCAUCAUCAUCUGCGUGGGAAAUGGUUUCCCAGACUCUUCUGCAGGCAUGCAUUGAUGCUUAUAAGAAAAAAGGUGUAAUCCAAUUCUGCUGUACUCAUGAUGUAUAUAAAAUGGAUGAACAAGAGUCGAGUGGAGUUGGUUCAUUGUCCAAGUUCUCUUACAUAGGUGGCCCCGUCAAUUUUCCUGGAUUAGUGCAGAGCAAUUUUGAGUUUAAAACUGCUUGUGAAAAGUUAGAGAAGUGGUUAGAGCAAGACAGAUUUGGAUUAGAUGCAGACUUUGUGCAAGAAAUUAUAGAACAGCUUCCUGGUGUAUCUGCGUGCUCAAAUUAUAAAUUUGUUACCAAGAGAAAGCACAAUGCUCAAACAGUUGGAAAUGGGCUCCUUCAGGCUAAAAGAAAGAAUCACAUGCAGGAUGAGAGUGAAGCUGUUGAAUCUUUGGGAAUUUCUGGAACACUCAAAAAGCAUGUGGAAGAUGCUGACAUCAGGCGUCCCUGUCCUUCAGGAAAGCCAUUUUGCACAAAAAUUCCUGCAUUUUUGAUAGGUGACACUCUCCAGGUUUGGGAGUUCUUUUUGAGGUUUUCAGAGGUCUUGGGGCUAAAAGUUCCGUUUUCCUUAGAAGAAAUUGAGGAGGAAUUAGUUAGUCCAUGGAUAGAUAAAGCAAGUUCAAUGGGAAAGCCCACACUUGAAAUUCAGGAUGUCAGAGAGAUCACCUUAGCGAGAGGUGGAAUGGACUCUCCAUCUGGUCGAUUAGGUUUCCAUCAAGAUAGCCGUUAUGCUGGUGUGCUUUUGACAAAGAUUCAUGGUCUGUUGCUCAAAGCUCUUGUCACCGAGCUGCUCUCAAAAGUUGCUGCCUAUGUAGAUCCGAAUGUUGGUGCAGGAGGGGUCAAAUCUAGAAGAGGCAGGAAAAAAGAUCCGGACAAUUUAGCUAAUCUUAAGAAAACUAAACUUGAUAUGCUUCCCAUUAAUGAAGUUACAUGGCCUGAAAUUGCUCGGAGGUACAUGUUAGCAUCGUUAUCCAUGGAAGUUAAUCUUGAUUCUGCAGAAAUUGCGUCCCGAGAGAGUGGGAGAGUGUUUCAUUGCUUACAUGGUGAUGGUGGGCCAAUUUGUGGCUCUCUUACGGGAGUUGCUGCAUUAGAGGCUGAUGCAAUG